AUGUCUUUCGAGUUUCAUAUUGACCAGAAAGAAAGUGUCCAAUAUAGCGAUUUCCUGACACAAUCACUAUUUUCAAGCAAAAUUAAAACUUAUUUUUAUGGGUUCUUAGGAAGUCUUUUCAAAAUCAAAUAUCAUAUAAAAACCAAGCCGAGAGUCCAAAUGCUUUAUGAAGUCAUAAUAAAUUCUGUCAUGACUUUGCAACUAACAACCUUAGUAUGAUAUCCAGAUUUGGGUAUUGAGGGGUGGGCAUCAUAUAAGAUAUUUUGAAAAUGAUUAGGAAUUGUAAGCUAUGAUCAAGUUUGUGCUUCUUGAAACAUAAUGGGUUUUUGCUUUUAUGGAACUUUAGUUUUAUUAGCAAUUUGCAUAGGCUCAUUUUGGAUUUUUGGGACUUAUAUAUAUUUUAAAAAAGAACCCCCAGUGUUUUUAGCAGGCUUUCCACAAAAAAUCGCAUUUUUUUUAACAUCAGUCUGUCUUAUUCCAAGUACAAUGAUUUCGCUUAUGGUAUUAAGAUAUUCUUUUAUACCAAAAGAAGGCGUUGAAGAAUAUGAUGGAUUUUCAUCAGGAGGAACUAUAAAUUUUGGAAUUCCUGGAGCAAUUUUUUCAAUUAUCUGUAUAAUCUCAUUAGUGGUUAUCAGUGUUUUUUCUGAGCUAUUUACUUGUGAUAUUAAACAUUCCCAUAGCAACACAAAUCUUAAAGCAAGAUCUUCAGCUGCUUUGGAUUUUCAAAGAAGAUGAUUUUAUGUGUUUAUGUGCUUUGCCUACACAAUUUUUAGUGAUUCAAAUAUCAUAAUUCAUCAUAUUAUUUCAGCAAUGUAUUCCAUUUACUUAUUCAUAAAAAGCAUAGUUGUCUUACAAUAUUAUAAUGUAUUUGAAAACUCUAUUCAAGCAUGUGAGCAGGCUUCAAUUUCAAUGACUCUUUUGAUUUUUAUGCUUAUUUAGAAAUUUUGUUAAAGAUGCCCUUAUUUUUAUAUUAGAUUUUAAAAAAAUUUUAAUAUUUUUUCAGCCACAAGUUUAAGACAAAAACUAUUCUGCAAAAAAAAUUUACGUUCCAGAAUAUUUUUGGGCAGAUAAUGGAUAACGCUAUGAUAACAGUGUUCUUCACCCUCUUUCUGCAGCCUCUAGUAUUAUUCUUUACAUUUACAAUUACAAAGAAAAAUUACCAAAAUUUGCCCGAAAUUGGAACAACAAAUAUAAGAAAUCAGUUCGAUUUUGAGCGAAAAUUCAGGCAUUUGCUAAUUGAUAAUAGUCAAGAGAAUAAAGAAAAAGUUUUAAAUUUAUUCAAAGAAUAUUGAAAUUUAAGCUUAGUCCUUAAAGACAAAAUAUUUAUUAUAUGAGAGUUUUAUUAUUGCCUUUAUUUAAAAGACGAAAGAUUAGCAAGAAUAAAAUUAUCAAAAAUCUCAAGCGUAAAUUCCUCAAUUGAAGGAGAUAUCCAAGUAUGAAGAAUUUUUAAAUGGUUGGCAAAAAGUAAAUAUAAGCCAUUUCCAGAUGUAAAUUAUUUACAAUAUUUAAAAGAGCUCGGCAGUGUUAAAAAGUUUGACGAAGAAUUAUGCCUCGUUCUUGUUGAAUUGCAAGCAGAAUUUUCAUUAAGAUCACCACGAAUAGACAAGCUUAUUAAAUUAGUUAAUAAAACUUCAACUAGUAUCAAAGAAACAUCAGAGCGCUAUAAAUCACUAAUAGAAAAACACAAAAAUUUUGAAAGCUAUGACCUAUAUGCAAGCUUUUUAGACAAUAUAACAGGAAACCAUGAAGAAGCCAAUUUAAUUAAUAGGAAAAAAAACAAUAUAAGCCACUCUCAAAAAUAUGACGACAAUCGGCUAGAAAAGUACGGAAAAGGGGUUGGGGUUAUUCUUGUCUCUUGCGCAGCAGAGUCUUUUGGGUCUAUUGUAUACCUUAAUGAAAAAGCUGCAACUACUUUGAAAACUUCGAUAUCAACGAUCCAUGGGUCUUCUAUCAUGACUUUUAUUCCUCCUCCUUAUGAUAUUUCUCAUGAAAAAUUGAUGAAGAAGUUUAUUUUUGACUGCAUAUCAACCCAGGUCUCAUGCCAUCAAGAUUUGGUGUUCCAGUGCACUGAUGGAUUUUUAUUAGAAUGUGAUACAUUAAUCAAAUUAUCAGCAUUUCAUAAUUCAGCUUAUUUUUUGAUUUCAUUUAAGCCGAAAAAGACAUCAAGGCACAUUGCUUUGGUAUCAGAUGAAGGAUUUAUAAUUUCUCAUUCAAUUUCGUUUCCUUACUAUUUUUCUAAUGAAAAAAGCUUAAGAAAUCGGCUAAUUUUAGAAAUCAUCCCAGAUUUUCCUAAUUUAAAACAAGAUAUUCCUUCGGUUUUUAGCUAUAAUGGAAAAGAAAUUGGUCUAGUGAGCAUAAAACGAGAAAUUAAAUUAAAAACGCUGAAUUAUUUAUUAGUAAUUCAUGACUCUGAUGAGUUAGUUAAGUGAAAAUUAACAGGAGAUAAAGAAAUUCAAGAAAUUGACCAUACUAGUAAAAUUCCUGAUGAAAUGGAUUUGUCAAUAUCAAAAGAGUUCAAAAAAAGUGAUAAAGAGCUAAAACUACCUGAAAUGGCAAUUUCAAGAAGAAUGGUAAAAUUGAGUUCAAUUUUACCUCAUAAGCUUGAUAGCGUAAAUGUUAUAGAUAAUGAAGAAAUUAAAGAAGAAGGAAAAGCGGUAAGCAAUGAAUCCUCAAAGCAUUCCUCAACAACUUCAAGCUCUAUAAACUCCAGAUUUUCAAAAAAAUUGCUUUUAGAAUCAAAAAGCAAAAUCAGAGUUUUGCAAUGGGUUUUAUUUUUUGGGGUAAAUAUUAUUUAGAUGGCUUCAACGCUCGCUUGUGUUAUAGGGAUUUUAGCUUAUAUGGCAAGCGAUAUAACCCACACAACAGCUAUGAGUGCUUUCAGUCGCCAAGGAAACAUUUUAUUUGAUUUAGGAUAUCUAUCAGAUUUAAGCAGAACACUUGAUAGAGGAAAAUUACUGAACGCAGGAGCAUCUACAUUGAACGUUUAUUAUAACUAUGUUGGAAAUCUUACAGCCACAAUAGAAAAUCUUCAAAACUACUUAUUGGAUGAUUUUCGACAGUGGAGCUAUUGUCCAUAUUCAAUAAUAAUUAGUGAACCAAUUAUGCCUCAAUGGAACUUUGAUAAGGCUUCUCCAGAAAUUCUAUAUAAAAAUUUUUAUGAUACAAUUUCAGAUUUUAUUUAUGCAGUAUUUUUUAUAUAGGCAACAAACUUAGUUGACGAUAUGCAAAAAAACAGAACCUAUUCAAACCAUAUUAAAUUUAUUGCAGCGAAUGGGCUUGGCUUCACUUUUGAUUACGUAAAUAGGACAAUGAAUGAAAUUGUAAACUGUGAAGUAAAUAGAGUAAAAAGCACAGGACUAAAAAUAAGUGCAUUAUUAAUUUUUGGAUUCGGCACGCUUGGAGUUCUAAUGCUAAUUAUAAGUGGAUAUAUUAUGCUGGUAUCAAGGCAGCAUGAUCAAUUCUGAAAUUUUGUGCUUGAAAAAGCUCAGUUUUCUUUGGUUCAAUUAAAAGUAUCAUCCAUUGAUAGGCUUUUUAUUGUGCAUGGGAUUGAUUUUCAAUCAGAGACGAUAUCCCAACCAAAAAACUCCAAAAGAAAAAUUUAUUCAAAAUUACAUAAAAAAUACAUAUGAAGGCUUUCUUUAUUUUUUAUCAUUGUUGCAUCUUAUUAUUUAUUGAUUUAUUGCUAUUUAUACCCAAGUUGUGAAAAAAAUAUGAUAAAUCGACCACAGCUGCUAAAUAAUUUCAAUAUUAGAAGGUCUUUGCUAUCAAGAAUGACUGUAUGGGCGAGAGAAAUAUCCACUCCUUAUUUAACCAAUCUUUUGCGCAAACAUUAUCCAUUCGAGAAUCCUUCACAUUUACUGGACUUUACCUUACUCCCCCCCCUCCGUGAGUGAACAAAACCAUUAGAAAAAUCCCUAUUUUUUUGCCCAAAACCCACCCUCCGUGAGUGAACAAAAAUUUUUUUAUGGAAAAAAAAUUUGAUAUAUAAAUGAUAAUUAGUAUAAUGAAAUCUAGAGAGCUAAUUCUGUUUGAUUUUAAACGAAUUGCUUUUUAAAACAUAAAUUUUAUAAAUUAAAUUAAUUUUUGCUUUCCAAUUUUUGCGAAUUAGGAUUUUUUUAAAUUUCGAAAAAAAUAUUUUUUAUAAAAUUUAUAUAUAUAUAUAAAUUGUUUUUUAAAAAAAAAAUUAACCCCCCCUCCGUGAGUGAACAAAAUUUUUUUGUUCACUCACGGAGGGGGGGGGAGUUAGAGGAAUUAAAUUUAAAAACUGAAGAAUUAAAAAACGAAGAUUUUUUAAUUUUAAUGUCUGAUGAUUUAAAGGAAAAAAUGUUUGAAAAAGGAAAUAGCACUCUGCUAAAUCAGCUUUUUUAUGGAACAGAUGCUUCAGUUACUUCUAUAAAAGACCUAAUUUACUAUAUAAAAUAUUGAGGAUCCACACAAUCAGGCCAGCUUGUCCCAACUUUGAAUAAAGUCGCAGUAGUUGAAAAUGUGAUUGGUGAAGAAUUUUUAGUAGCUGACAAAGACUCCAAGGACGUGAUAAAUGGGCAAUUAAGUGUAAUUAUUUAUACCACGGUUAUUUACUCGUUCGCUGUGAUUUUUUUGUAUUUUAUUUAUUAUCUUCCUUAUUCGAGGAAUCAAAUAAAGCAGAUGGAUAUGUUUGAGAUUUUGCCAACAAUUUUGACUAUGGAGUCUGGGUAG